AAUCAACUGGAUUGUGCGGAAUUUGUUCGUGGCAAGCAGACAUCUCUAGCCGAAGGUGCAACACCGCUAAUGUUCGCUGUGGCGAUGGGAAAUGAACGAGCUGUUAGACGUCUACUGGAUUUACGGGUUGAAGUAAAUGAUGCUGAAUCGCGAUAUGCACUUACUGCUUUGCAAAUGGCAUCGUUGCUUAGGUUUGAUAAUAUUGCGCUUCUACUUCUGAUGAACGAUGCUAGAGCCACUGAUCUCACCACAUUAAAUCUUACCGCAUUUGAUCUGUACAUCUCGAGUUCAGAUGAGCCAGACCCAAAUCUCCGAGCUAUGCUGCAUUGGUGUCGACCAACUCGUAUAGAUGGCAAAGUGAACCUUAGCGGUAGUAGCAGCACGCUGUCUAAGGUUUUGAUAACAGGAAGACCGAAAGAAUGGUUUUCACGAUUUUCAAGCCAGCUGGGCAUAUCUGGCGAAUCACAGACGGCGUCAAGUAUGGUGGAUAUGCGUCAAUGGCGAGAUUAUUGGACGAGGAAUGGCGGCACAGAUGGACGAUUUUGCCGAGUAAUUCAGCAAAAACUCGUGACUGCUGAAGAGAUUCUUCGAAUGACAAAGAACGCCACUCCUCUGAAAAUCGUAUCCUAUGAUACUGUACUUGAGGCAGUGAAGAAAAUGGCUCAAGCAAGUCACUUUUACUGA